AGGCAGCGGUAUCAAGUCAGAUGUUCACACUGAGUGAAGGAGAGAGAGAGAAGGAAGCGGUCGCAGUACAGUGUUAGUUAAUGAGUGUUUGGAGAAGAGUGCUAAUACAUUUGUUUGCUUUAUGCAUUGGAAAACCACAAGCCAGUAUUUAAGACACUUAACUGGACUUCAAAGAUGCCGAGGAUAUUGAACUCCACCGUCCCGUUUUCCCAUAUGGUCCAACGUGAUAUGAAAAAUCUGGCCUGCUUAAGCUCCAGCCCAAUGUCCCACACGGACAGCAAACGAGGAGACCUGGAUAAAAAUUAUCAGCAGACCAAUUUCAUCCUGUGGAUAAAUCAGGGAACUGCUUAUCAUGGGUGUACACACGGCACGGAGAAACAGUCCAUCAUUGCUCAAGCAGAGUGCGAGUCACAGGAUUCCCAAGAGUUCUGUCCUAAUGGCAGCCACAAAAACCGCGUGCACGUUAGCGUCUCCUCUUCGUCCCUUCUGAGCUCUGUCUCUCACGGUCGGCCCAGGAAGAAACGGCGUAAGAGACAGCGGCGGAUACGAGUGGAGAAAGAAAGCCAAGAAAGAGAUGGAGUUAGAGGACUCACCGGAGUGCCAGAACAGGACAGUGGACUUGUUCAGGUUGCAGACUCAGUGUGCAGCAGUAGCAGUUCAUACCCCAGCCGUGCCCUUAUCACAGAACGGGUGUCUGUGCAGGAAACAGAAGCCCCGUCGUACCCUUAUCAGUGUGAGGCCCGACAGACCUCCUUCCCGCGACAGUCCUCCUGCCAGAGAUACACUCAAGAGAGCGAGACCGAAUGCCCACUGGGUGUUACGGCCCUCAGGGACUUUGUCACAACAGAAGACCGUUUCUUUGCACACGGCUUUGUCAAAGAUGUCUUGAGAGAGGACAGAGAGAGAGACGAGGAUGAACGAGAGGAGAGCGACAAGAAUGAAGGCAUUCUUUUUAAAGAGGGGCUACAACCGGUGAAUUUUGAGUACAGAGAGGGACGGGAGUAUGAACGCUGUGCGUUUCUGAAGGAGGGAUCAUUUGGAGAGGUCUUCAGCGUCAAAGACAAAGGCACUGGUUUCAUGUGCGCCGCCAAAAAGGUGCCAUUGGUGAGUUUCAGCAGCGAGGAGGUGGGCUCGUGGAGUGUCCUACAGUCUCCUCGGGUGGUGGAAUUCUUUGGAGUGGUGCGUGAAGGUCCGUCCAUCAUCCUGUUCAUGGACCUUAAAUCCAGUUCUGUAGGGCAGCUGUUGGUGGAAAGAGGACGUCUGCCGGAAGAUUUGUCCCUGCACUACCUUCAUCAGGUAGCGGGGGCGCUAGAUCACCUGCAUAGGAAGCGUGUCCUUCACCUCGAUAUCAAAGCGGAUAACGUUUUGCUGUCAGAGGAUGGGAAAGAUGCAUUCCUGUGUGACUUUGGACAAUCAGAAAGAACAGACCAACAAGGACGCAGUUUUUGUCGGGGGCUGAAAGGCACAGAGACUCACAUGGCACCUGAAGUGGUGAUGGCUGAACCCCGCUCUUCAAAAGCAGAUAUUUGGAGUAGCUGUUGUAUGCUUUUGCACAUGCUCAAUGGCUGUCAUCCAUGGACCCGCUAUUAUUCCCGCCCACUCUGCCUCAAGAUAGCUACAGAACCUCCACCGCUGAGAGAAAUCCCACAUGACUGCAGCUCACACACUGCUGAUGUCAUAAAGGCAGGACUGCAGAAAGAUCCAAACCAGCGAGUGUCUGCCAUUGACCUCAUCGCUAAAACGGCUAAAGCACUCAAAGAAGUUGGAGGAUUUAGCAGCCCGGCAAGAGGAGGGACUUAUCAGAAACCUUUGGGAAGGCCAGAGGAACCGGACUCCGCCCAUUCGACCACACCCACCACAUCACAAAACACCGCUUCCUCUCAUAGCUCUAAGCUGCAGUGGAUGAGCUCAGAGCAGAAUAGGAGAGAUGAUGCCGAGAAACAGGUUGAGAAACCAGAUGAGGGAUCACAGUGGAAACAGACAGAGGAUAGAAGAGAUGAAGGUCAAUCUCCUCCACAGUCACUGAUCCACAUUCAAGCCCCAUCACCUGAGCCUCAGAUAAACAAUAAGACAGAGACAGAACCUACAGGAACCAAUGAGCAAUGGAGACUGGAGAGAGAUUUCUACCUGAGCAGUCUUUCCCUGCCACACUCUCCUGAGUUACAGGAGCAACUGCUGUCCUGCCUGAGUAGCGAUUGCAUUUCCACCAGAGAAUACUGGGACAAGGAUUCAGGACGCUGGUCAGACAGCCUUGGAGAUGACCUCAGCUCGGGUGUGUUUUCCUACAACAGCCAACAGGAUGGCCAAAGCUUCAACAGAGACUGGCUCGUCCCCACACAUCAUCCUCCUCGUUGCUUUGAGGGGGUGGAUGUUCACAUCAGAGACUUCAACGGGAAAUGCCUUCAUAUUCGGGAGACUCCAAGAGUGAAUAUAGGCCACAUUGCAAAAGGAAUCAGUGAUCAGAUCUCAGAGAAAGUGUUCAGUCUACAAACCGAGAAUGGCUGCUCAGUGGUCCAUGAAAAAGAAGUUUCAGAAGGCAGCCUGUUCUUGCGUUGUGUUUCCGCUCCUGACUGCAGCCACUAUCAUCAAAAUGGACACACCCCUUGCUGCACAAUGGCAUGGAGCUGGAGGAUCAAAGAUGGGGUCCUUGAGACUAGAGACUGAUUUGUCCCAAAAAUCAGCCUCUGUCAGGUUUCUUUUGCCAGCCAUGCCUGUCCAUCUUUUUUUGAGCCAUUUUUAUAAUAUUGUCAUUCACUGUCAUAUGUUUGGUUUACAUUCUUGAAAUUUGCAAGAUGUUGACAUUUCAGGUUUUUCCAUACCUUGCAUCAUAACCCUUCAUAAGAUAAUUUCAUGACAAGAUAUAUUUUAAAGACCUCUGGGAAAAAAACGUAUAACAGGGGACAAUGUUUUCAUCCGAUGAUGACAAUGCCUUACUUUUAAGCACUUAUGAAUUAGAUGAAAUCGUCUUUGUGGUGUACUUGUAAAGACAUUUGCAGAUGCAGAUCCCAGAUGUUUUUUAAUUAACGUGUCGCCUUUGUUUUAAAGUUAUUUCAAUGUUUAAUAAAGUCAAACAUUCUUUAA